AUGACUCGCUUCUCUUACCUCAGCCUCGUCGCGGCGUCGUUGCUGACUUCGCGGGCCGUGUCGCUGGACGUCCUCUCCUCUGCUGCGGACGGGUCGUUGACCUUCACAAUCACUGGGGCCAACUAUAGCGUGCAGGAUGAGGACUUUUCGACAGGGAUUUACUAUGUCCCACCGUUAAGUCAAUCUGCGCCGGUCGCCACAUUCGAGUCGUCUGGCUUGAGCGGCAUCGUCGAGACCAACACCUAUAUGCCAUUCACAGUCAUUGUGACCAACGCCACCACCCUGACUGGGGAUGUCCUCGAAGAAAUCGUGACCACGUAUUCGGAGGAUGACGUCUUUACUCCGGGUUUCCUGCAAGGUGUCCAGAUCAUUACAACCGGCGAGGCUUCGUGGGAACAGUCGGCGACCGCCUACCUUGCCACGCUGGAGCCCAAGCUGCUGCUCCUCCCGUCCACCGUAACUCGUCAAGACUCUAGCACGGAGUCAUCUCCCAAGCCAUUCGUCAUCGCCUCUGUGCCCGCGGGCGACGACACCACGCCACCAGGACCAUACCUCGGCACGCUCGCGGCUGGUGGUACCUUAACACUGCGCAAAGUCUACGCUAUGUUUUCCGACUACCAAGAAGCUAUGAUGAGCGGCGUUACCGAGAACGAUGACGGCUCCUUCUCCCAGGUCACGGCAUUCAACCCGGCCCAGUUCUCCGCCCUGAUUCCGUUCCCCUCGAAGCUGUACUCGUCCUUAAUGGACCGCGAUCAGUACCCCCUGGCGGGGCUGCGGUUCAGUCUGAAGGACCUCAUGCCCGUACGAGGAGUUGUCCUCACAGGUGGCAGUCGUGCAUACGCUAAGCUGUACGACACUCCUGCCAACGAGACCGCUCCGGCCAUCGACAGACUACUCAACCUCGGUGCCGUUUUGGUCGGUAUGGCGAAGCUAUCGACCUUUGCGUAUGGCUCAUGGCCCUACCAAAACAUGGAUUAUUCGUAUUCUUGGAACAUUCGUGCUGAUGGCUGGCUGGGUUUGUCAGCAUCGAGUUUCGGCUCAGCCGCUAGCAUCGCGGCCUACGAUGCUCUGGACUUUUCCGUUGGCAGUGACACAACUGGAAGCGUGCGGAACCCGGCCGAUCGUGUCGGGGUCUAUGGAAUCCGGCCCUCGUGGGGAGCGAUAGAUUUGACCACCGUUAUCCCCAGCGCCACGUCUAUGGACUCUCUCGGCGUUCUCGCGAGAUCUCCCGCGAUUUUGACCCAGGUCUUGAGCGCGUGGGAAACGGUCGAAGAUGGUCCACUGGAGCGUGGUGACUUUACUCUGCCGAAGAAGAUCUUCUUCCCCUCUGAGUUUUUCCCCGUUAACAAUUCGGCCGCCCAGACCGUCAUCGAUAACUGGCUUGCCAAUAUGACGGAAGCUCUAGACAUGGAGAUUGAGGAACAAAAUGUCACGACCUUGUUCCGCGAGACCAUCAACCAGAACGAUACCCUGGCUACCUAUACAGCUGACUUUGGUUCCUUGACCCGCUAUGACAACUGGAACUUGUUCGGUGAGAAGUUUGUUGCUGACUACGAGGAGCGUUUCAAUAACCGUACCCCGGCCGCCGAUAACCAGGUCCUCAUCGCCUGGCGCCAGGCUCGUACAUAUCCAGAGUACCGCAAACAGUGGAAUGAGGAUCGCAUGGCGACGUUCGGUGACUUUGUAAACACCAAGGUCAUCCCGUACAGCAACGAGACUUGCACCGAAGGGUUCUGGGUCUACCACAUCUCUGACACGGGCGGCGGUGUCCCCGAAUACCGUGAUGUGCUCAACUACGACUACUUUCCCCCCUUCCUACCCAUGCGCGCCGCCUCGAUAGCUCCGUACGCGAAGCUUGUCGAUGUGACCGUGCCCAUUGGAAAGAUCACCUACGAUAGUUUGAUUUCUCUGCGUGAGGAAGAACUCAUCAUCACUCUGAACUUCGUGGCUCACCGUGGCUGCGACGCGGUGCUCCUCAAAUUCCUCAACCUGUGCGAGGCCCGCGGCUUCUGCAACCCGGUCAAGACGGGACCUACUGCAUGGUAA